UCUUCAUCGCCACCAUCGAGACCUCCAAACCCAUAUACAUACACCCCAUACCCUCAUGGCUUCUAACGCUGGCCUCUGCACGAUGAGCAUUCUCGUAGCUGUCCUUACGCUGGCCAGCCUCAUGACAUGCGAUGCAGCGAGACAUUUGCUUGACGCGGCCGAGGCACCUGCAGCCCCGACGGUACCAACCCUGCCGUCAGCACCGGCCAUUCCUACGCUUACUGUGCCGCCGAUGCCGGUUGUGCCGACUAUACCAACACUAGCGGCGCCGCCGAUGCCGAUGGUGCCACAGGUCACGUGGCCGCCUAUGCCUGCAGGUAUCCCCAAGCUCACGAUUCCUCCGAUGCCUUCAUUCCCGGCCAUUCCUUCCAUCCCGACGGUGCCUGCCGUCCCCUUCCUCACUCCGCCACCUGCGGCGGCACCGUGAUGGCCGCUAGGAACACAGCUUUGGCAUAUUAAUCUAUCUCCGACUGCUUCUGAUGAUCUUGGUUAGUUACCGCUAUCAGGAUUGUGGGUCUCAUUAGAUUUCAUCGAAUCUAUCCCGUGGUUGUAUGCAGUACGUAUGCGCCGUUGCGGCGUCCUUUGUGUUUUAUGCAACUUGUUUGUUUUCGAAAGACGUACUUCGUGUAAUAUUUGUGCCAUUUGGUUCCUUUCAA